AUGAUGAAGGGCCGGCAUUAUCAAGCCUUACUCGCCGGGGCGGCUGUGGCAUCGGUUCUACUAUUCCUGCUCGCGCAGCUGGUUCGUCCACACAGCCAUAACGGCCUUGCUAUCUUCCAUGGCAAUCUUCCUCCAAUCCCAGAGUAUGCUGCAGAUGACAAACAAGUACUGCGUCAGCCAGAUAGAGAAGACUCGAAUCCCACGUCCCAAACAACGCCAACAAGCAAACCAGCAGAUAUUAUUCCGUCAGAAACGCGCACCAGACAGUGGGAUGACGCCUGGGAUGAUAAGAACCUUUGGCCUAACAUUUCAAAACCAGUGCCGACGCCUGCAUCGGUAUCUACAGGCUGGACCCUGCCAACGAAUCACAUAUCGCACGCCACAGUCGCAAAAUACGUUCGAUCGAUUCUAGACUUCGAGAAUGAUUCUAGCCCCGGCUUCGAGCGGGUAUCAUGUCCGUCGAAAAUGGGAUCCCGGUAUAGUCUGCUCCGUGACCAGGCAGCGGGUAGCGGACAGGUGCGAUUCUUCUUUGCGCUGAACCUACACCAGUCAACCGGAGUCAUCUCACGUCUGAUGAGCAGCAUCGUCGAAGCGAUUCGGUUUCUGGGACCAGAGCAUUGCGCGAUUUCAGUCGUAGAAGGCCGUUCCGACGAUGGGACAUAUGAAAUCCUCGCAGCACUCAAGAUGCACGUCGAAGCUAUGGGCGCGCACUUCUUCCUCUCUACCAGCACCAUCAACCCCAAGGAAAAAGGACAAGACCGUAUCGGGCGUUCGUCCGAGCUGCGUAACAAAGCACUCGAGCCCCUCAAAGUCAGCGCUGCGAGGGGUCCAAUCAACGAAUUGGACGGCAUGUUCUCGCCAGAUGCGCGUAUUAUUUUCAUCAAUGACGUCGCGCUCUGCCCGGAGGAUAUUCUCGAAUUGGUCUUCCAGCAUGUCAACCAGGGCGCGCAUAUGACCUGUGCUUUUGAUUGGAUUGUGGAUGGGACACAGUUCUACGAUGUUUGGGUUUCGCGCUCACUGGUUGGGAAUACUUUCUUUGAGAUCCCGCAUGAUGGCUCGUUGUCUUACAGCCAGGAUCUAUUCUGGGAUGAUCCUGACGGUAGGCACCGGUUCGAGGCGUUCCAGCCUUUCCAGGUAUACUCGUGCUGGGGUGGGGUGGCCGUUCUAGACGCGGUACCAUUUGCUGAAGGUGUAGUCACUUUUCGGUCUUCGAAGCCUGGAGAGUGCUUGAUGGGGGAGCCGACGCUUUUGGCGAAGGACCUUUAUCGGAGAGGGCGGGGCAAGAUUCUUGCUGUGCCAACGGUUAAUCUUGCUUAUUCGAAUGAUGAGGCGAUUAAAACGAAGGAUGUUCGAGGCUAUGUGCAUGAUCAUGUCAAUGUGUCGAGGUCCAUGCUCGACCAGGAGGAGAUUGUUAGUUGGCAGUGUGCGCCGCCGGCGAUGGUCAAGUGUCUUCCCACUUUUGAUAAGCCAAGUUGGGUUGAACCAACAUAG